GGAAAUCUCCCGUCUACGACGCCAUUGCUGAAUCCAAACAAAGAAGCAACAACAUUCACGCACCAAACCCCAUUUCGUUAUCUCUCCUAUAUUAAGCCUUCAUCCUUCACCACCCACUUUCACUGCAAUAAAACCCACCUCUCUGAAUCUAUCCUACGAAAAACCCACAUUUUCCUUUCGCUUUCUCGGCAACCAAGCAGAAGAAAAGGUGGUGGCUUUAUUGAUAUGGUGGCGUUUGGAGCGAAAUGGCACGGUUUGAGAUCCGUGGCAAUGGUUAUGCUGCACUUUGGGGUGGCUUUUGUGUUUGUUUCGGCGGAGAGAGGCCUGAGGCUUGAAGGUUCGAGGUUCAACGGGACAGAGGGAUCCGAAUCUAAUUACUUUUUCAAAGCUGUGAAUUUCUUAUGGCAAUCCGAGAAAUCGGGAUAUCAUCAUGUUUGGCCGGAAAUGAAAUUUGGGUGGCAAAUUGUUGUGGGUUCUAUUGUUGGAUUCUGUGGAGCUGCGUUCGGGAGUGUAGGUGGUGUAGGUGGUGGUGGCAUUUUCGUUCCAAUGCUUAGCCUAAUCAUUGGGUUUGAUCCAAAAUCAGCAACAGCUAUAUCAAAAUGUAUGAUCAUGGGUGCAGCUGCCUCAACUGUGUACUACAAUCUUAAGCUAAAGCAUCCGACGAUAGAUAUGCCCAUUAUUGACUAUGAUUUGGCUGUACUCAUACAACCGAUGCUCAUGCUGGGCAUUAGUAUUGGAGUGGCUUUCAACGUGAUCUUUGCUGAUUGGAUGGUCACAGUUUUGCUUAUUGUUCUCUUUAUAGGUACGUCAACAAAGGCGUUCUUCAAGGGUGUCGAAACAUGGAAAAAGGAAACCAUUAUGAAGAAGGAGGCUGCUAGGUGUUUGGAGUCAGCUGCUGCUGAAAAUGUGGCAUACAAGCCUCUUCCAAGUGGCCCAGCCAAUGAGCAGGAAAAGGAAACCAUGGAACCGGAGGUCUCGAUUAUUGAGAAUGUUUGCUGGAAGGAGCUUGGACUUCUGGUUUUCGUCUGGGUUGCAUUUCUUGCACUGCAAAUUGCCAAGCAACACACAACUACUUGCUCUCCAGCAUAUUGGGUAGUGAAUUUGUUACAGAUCCCAGUUUCCCUUGGUGUAUCUAUGUACGAGGCAGUGAGCCUGUACCAGGGACGAAGGGUAAUAGCAUCUAAGGGAGAGGAAGGGACAGAUUGGAAAGUGCACCAGCUGGUUAUCUACUGUCUCUUUGGUGUAAUUGCAGGAAUCGUAGGUGGGUUGCUUGGAUUAGGCGGAGGAUUUAUCAUGGGUCCACUGUUUUUGGAGCUCGGAAUCCCCCCUCAGGUCUCCAGUGCCACGGCCACAUUUGCAAUGACAUUCUCGUCAUCCAUGUCUGUUGUAGAAUACUACCUUCUAAAACGUUUUCCAGUUCCUUAUGCUGUCUACUUGACCGCGGUUGCCACUGUUGCAGCAUUAGUAGGACAGCACAUUGUUCGAAGGCUGAUUAUACUCUUCGGAAGGGCGUCUCUAAUCAUAUUCAUUCUAGCCUUUACCAUAUUUGUCAGUGCAGUCUCACUAGGUGGAGUUGGGAUAUCGAACAUGAUCGGCAAGAUUAACCAGCACGAAUACAUGGGUUUCGAAAACCUUUGCAAGUAUGAUGUAUAGAACGUUAUCUUCAAGGGGAAAAAAUUUGCUAGGGUUCAAGGGGAAAAAACUCUGUACCGUGUUCGGCUACUGCUAGAUUCUUGCGUCAAAGUGUUUGUACUUAUUUGGUCAAAUUCGUGUUUUGCCCCAAAAAUUGUGGGUCAGUAAUGUGGAAGCUAGUUUCUCUCUC